UAUCUCCGUCCUAGGGUUUUCCUCACCUCCUCUCUCUCCUCGGUCUCUCUCAAACCCUAGAACUAGGGUUUUCUCCGCCGCUUCUACUCGAUCCAAUGGCCCAGUCCAGCGAUCGGUUGGAGGGGACCGUGAAGUGGUUCAACAGCACCAAGGGCUUCGGAUUCAUCAGCCCUAACGACGGCAGCGAGGAUCUUUUCGUCCACCAGUCCUCGAUCAAGUCCGAUGGCUUCAGAUCCCGACUGAGCAGGGCUGAGUCCGUCGAGUACAUCGUCUCCGAGGGCGACGGCCGCAAGAAGGCCGUCGACGUCACGGGCCCGAUGGGGCCGUGGAUCGAGAGUGGCGGGGUACGGAGCGGCGGCGGGUACGGAGGCGGCGGUUAUGGGAGCGGCGGCGGUACGGAGGAGGAAGGGCGGUGGACGUGGCGGCGGCGGGCGGUGGCGGUGCUAUGGCAGCGGCGGGAGGGAGGUGGAGGUGGAGGUGGUUGCUACUCCUGCGCGCGAGAGUGGCACAUGGCGAGGGCUGCCGAAUGCGGCGGUGGCUACGGAGGUGGCGGGAGUACGCGAAGCGGCGGAGGCGGAGGUACGGAGCGGCGCGGCGGCCGGGGGGCGGUGGAUCUUGCUACAACUGUGGGGAGCGGGCUUUGCGAGGGAUGCACGGCUCCUCGGUCGUGA